GCAUUAAAUUACCGCGAUACUCGGUGCUAAGUCAAUUAAACUCGGGGAAAUGCCUAUGUCAAUUGAGUCCGCAUUAGGCACUCGACUCGACUCAAUUGGCUGCGUAGAAGAAAUGAAAACCUGAGCCGUGCCUAAACCCAGACAAGCAGAGAGUGCUUAAAAAUAACUUCAAAUGAGUCAAACGAGUAUUCAAACAACGUAGUUACAGUCCCGGGCCCCUCAUGUAGGUAAUUCCUCAACCAACUGACCCUGAACUAGAGUAAAUGAUAUGCAAAUAGACUUGUGUCCAAGCCGAAACACGUGUGUCCGAUGCCCACCCCAAUGGCCAAGAGCUCUCACAGGAUUACAUAGGAACUGACAAUGGAGCAUAAACAGAUUGAAAGCAGUAGCGUGGGCAUCAGCGACACCUAUGGCUGCACAAAUUAAACCCAGUUGAGCUCAAUUUAACUCUUUAACGGAUUGAAAAACAAAAAUUAUUUACCAUUAGGUCACUCUUAAUUAAAAUUUCGACGAAGCAGUACGUGUUUUUUCGGUUGAUAUUUUGUGUCGUCCUGGUCCGCAUGAGGACCACCCACGCAAAGCGCGAAUCUCGCCACAGUGGCCGCUGUCAGUCAUACGACGUUUAAUUUUGGCGCGCAGAGCCAGCGCCAGAGCCGUAACCAUAGCCGCAGCCGCAGCCGCAGCCCCCUUGCGUUUGUUGCCGGAACCGAAAGGAAGCGGCGCCCCACGAAACCAACGACAUAAAAGGACCCAGCAGCCAGCAGCCGAGCGGCAGUCGCAUUGGAUACGCAGUCGAACAACAACGCACAAAGCUCAAAGCACCACGCACCACGCAUAGCGCGACACGGACAACGCAACAAGUGAAGCAAGUGAAGCGAGUGAGGAGCGGAGUUUUUAAACUGAAUGCCCUCAACUGGUUGAAGGCAGGUUGAAGGAAAUGCAGCUGCCGUGUUCAGUGCAGUGUUCUUGACUCGUAAACCCUUUAGAGUUACCGCGUAAGUGUCCCGGGCGGCUUACGAAAAACUUUACUGCCAUUAACUUUGCGCCUCCGCCAGUGUAAUGUGUCCGGUUAACAUGACACGCAAUCGCAUUUCUCGCAAUAUCCGGCUCAUCCUUGUGGCCAUCGCCGCGCUGUCCUCCUCGCCGCGCAACUGCACAGCAGCCUCAAAAGACACAAUAAAUAUUGGAUUCCUAGCCGAAUACUCUCAGAUGCGGGUCACGCUUGGCGGCCUGCCGCUCGCCGUGGAGGAUGUCAAUAAAAAUGUUAAUUUGCUGCCAGGGAAAACACUUACCUUUACACCGUUCGACUUGGGACACACGAGCAGCGCAUAUCGACUAAAGCCGUUGAGACUCAUGACUGAGCUGAGGGAGCAGAAGGUGAACGCGUUCAUAGGGCCCGACGAAAGCUGCACUACGGAGGCGUUGCUGGCCUCGGCCUGGAAUACGCCAAUGCUAUCGUUCAAAUGCUCCGACUCAAUAGUCUCCAAUAAGACCACAUUUCCCACCUUUGCACGGACACUCGCCCCAGCUUCGAAGGUCUCUAAGAGUGUGAUAAGUCUAUUAAAUGCCUAUGAUUGGAAAAAAUUCGCCAUUGUGGUUAGCUCGAAGCCCAUUUGGGGCUCCGAUGUGGCCAGCGCUAUACAGGAACUGGCUGAAUCGCGUAACUUCACCAUAACCCACUUCAAGUACAUAUCCGACUAUAUACCCAUUAAGAAAACAUUGUCCCAAAUAGAGAACAUCAUCGAGGAGACCUACAGGACGACGCGCAUCUAUGUAUUUAUUGGGGAGCAUAUUGCCAUGGUGGAUUUUGUGCGCUGCUUGCAGAAUCGCGGACUUCUUGAGAGUGGAGACUAUAUCGUUGUCUCGGUGGACGAUGAGAUCUACAAUGCGAAUCGUCGCGUCAACAUUAUGGAGCGCAAUUACUUAGAUCCUUAUAUUAGAAAAGAAAAGAGCAAAUCACUGGAUAAAAUCUCAUUUCGUUCAGUUAUCAAAAUAAGCAUGACAUAUCCACAAAAUCCUCAUAUUCGGGACAUUUGUACCAAAAUAAAGGAAUAUGCACGUAAAGCUCCAUUUCGUGUGCCCUAUCAUCAGAGAGUAUUCGAGAAUAUUUCGGUACCCAUACAUGGUCUACAUCUGUAUGACAAUGUUAUGAUCUAUGCGCGUGCCGUUACGGAGAUACUUCAGCGAGGCGGCGAUAUAAACGAUGGGGCUCUAGUCAUGAGUCGCAUUUUCAACAGAUCCUAUCAUUCCAUUCAAGGCUUCGAUGUAUUCAUAGAUUCAAAUGGCGAUGCUGAGGGCAACUACACAGUGAUUUCCCUACAGAGCGAUGCUAAUGCCGGAUCCGGAAAUUCGCUGGCGCAAAUGUCGAUGCAGCCAGUCGGAUUCUUCGUCUACAACAAGGAUUCCGAGAUACCAGAGUUCCGUUAUAUCAAAAGUGGACGACCCAUACAAUGGCUAAACGGCCGACCUCCCCUGGCUGAGCCAAUGUGCGGCUUUCACGGAGAGCUCUGUCCUCGCAAGAAACUGGAUUGGCGAUAUCUCGUGACUGCAGCACUGUUUGCCUUUGUUUUGAUCGCUGCCAUAGCUUUAUUGCUUAAACAUUAUCGCUAUGAACAAACUCUGGCUGGUCUGUUGUGGAAGGUGGACAUGAAGGAAGUCACCGUGAUUAACCUGGGCGAGUACAAUAAUCCAAGCCACAAGAAUAUUGUGCAAAUUUGUCGUCAGAGUAUUCUGGUCGUCGGCGAGCCUAACAAGAGAUCAUUUACAAAUAUAGCUCUUUUCCGUGGGAAUAUUGUAGCCAUGAAGAAGAUCCAUAAGAAGAAUGUGGACAUAACAAGAUCCAUUCGCAAGGAACUAAAGCUAAUGCGAGAGGUGCGACAUGAGAAUAUUAUCAAUUUUAUUGGUGCAUCAAUCGACCAUGGAUCCGUUAUAAUCUUCACAACAUACAGUGCGCGUGGCAGUCUGGAGGAUGUGCUAGCCAACGAGGACCUGCACUUGGAUCAUAUGUUCAUAUCUUCGCUGGUUUCUGAUAUACUUAAGGGACUCAUUUACCUACACGACUCCGAAAUAAUAUCCCAUGGCAAUUUGCGAUCCAGUAACUGCCUCAUUGACUCUAGAUGGGUUUGCCAGAUUUCUGACUUUGGCCUGCACGAGCUAAAGGCGGGACAGGACGAGCCGAAUAAAGCGGAACUGCAACUCAAGCGUGCUCAGUAUAUGGCUCCAGAGCUUCUGCGUGAUCCUUUUCGCCCAGCUCGCGGAUCACAGAAGGGAGAUAUAUACUCCUUUGGCAUUUUACUGUAUGAGAUGAUAGGAAGAAAAGGGCCCUGGGGCGAGACAGCAUAUACGAAAGCGGAGAUAAUAGAAUUCGUAAAAGACCCUAGUUUGCUGCAGCAUGGAGUAUUUCGGCCAGCUCUCAAUGUUUUGGAUAUACCCAAUUAUAUUAGAAACUGCCUGCGCCUAUGCUGGGACGAGGAUCCCGAAGUACGCCCGGACAUUCGACUCGUGCGCAUGCAUUUGAAGGAACUGCAAGCUGGACUAAAGCCAAACAUAUUUGAUAACAUGCUGGCCAUCAUGGAGAAAUAUGCCUAUAAUCUGGAGGGACUGGUGCAGGAGCGCACAAACUUACUCUAUGAGGAGAAGAAGAAGACCGACAUGCUGCUGUAUCAAAUGCUGCCAAAAACUGUUGCGGAAUUGCUUAAGAGCGGAGAUCCUGUCAAGGCCGAGUGCUUCGAUUGUGUGACGAUCCUGUUUAGCGACAUUGUCGGCUUCACUGAACUCUGCGCAACGAGCACCCCAUUUGAGGUUGUCGAAAUGCUAAAUGAUCUGUAUACAUGCUGCGACACCAUAAUAUCCAAUUACGAUGUCUAUAAGGUGGAGACCAUUGGAGAUGCUUAUAUGGUUGUAUCGGGCCUGCCCUUGAAGAACGGGAAUCGUCAUGCGGGCGAGAUUGCCUCUCUGGCACUUCACCUGCUCGAAACUGUGGGAAAUCUCAAGAUUCGGCAUAAGCCAACGGAGACGGUGCGAUUCCGCAUUGGCAUACACUCAGGUCCUUGUGCAGCGGGCGUCGUGGGACAGAAGAUGCCUCGGUAUUGCCUCUUUGGGGACACGGUGAAUACGGCCUCGCGCAUGGAGAGCUCUGGCGCCGCCAUGAAGAUUCACAUAUCGGAGGAGACCCACCAGCUGCUGCAGGAGGUCGGCGGCUACAUAUGCGUCGAGCGAGGACUGACCCACAUUAAAGGCAAAGGCAACAUGCGCACCUAUUGGCUCAUCAAGCGAGUCCAAGCCGAAAUGCGGGCUUUAGUGGUCAACGACUGGGCGCCAGAUCUCAUCAGCACUGUGGACGCAUCCAGUGGCUGUUGUCCACAGCCGAGAGCCGACGAGUUGCCCUUGCUGAAGUUCCCAAACCUGCCCAUGAGCAUUCGGGCGGGCUCCUGCAACUGUGCCACCAAAUGCAUAUACAGUCGUCGAUCGGACGACAAUGUGACCACCUCGCACAAAGCCGCCGCCACAAAGCCGAUUAAGGGCACGGAGCCGGUCCAGAUCAAUUGCAAUCAGCUGUGCGUCUGUCGCUUGAACGGCAGCCAGGUGCUGAGCAAUCGAAGUCCACGCUCCGCGCCCAGCAUCUCGUUCCGGCUAUAGACCUGAGUCGAUGAUUCAGGCGCUUCC